AGUUCAACCAGACACAACGAUUGACACGUCAUAGAACAACACUAGCUUCUCUCUGAAAGCAUCUUUUCUCUUGUUAUUUCCUUUCACUCUGCCAUGACGUCUCCUCACGCUGAAGUUGACCGCGAGGCCGCGGUGCAGCAGCGCAAGAAGGCGCACAUCGACAUCUGCCUCCACAAAAACGUGGAGCCACACAAGGGGCUCACCUCUAUCUGGAACAAGUACGCGCUGCCGUACAAGGCGCUGCCGGAGGUCGACCUGCGCAAGAUCGACCCCUCGUGCGAGUUUUUGGGCAAACGCAUCUCCUUCCCCUUCUUCGUCUCCUCCAUGACCGGCGGCGAGGCGCACGGCCGCGUGAUUAACGAGAACCUCGCCAAGGCGUGCGAGGCGGAGCGCAUCCCAUUUGGGCUGGGCAGCAUGCGCAUCGUCAACCGCUACGCGUCCGCGGCGCACACCUUUGCGGUGAAGGAGUUCUGCCCGUCCGUGCCGAUGCUCGCCAACAUCGGGCUGGUGCAGCUGAACUAUGGCUUUGGUCCGAAGGAAGUGAACAACAUCAUCAACUCCGUCAAGGCGGAUGGCCUGUGCAUCCACCUCAACCACACACAGGAAGUGUGUCAGCCGGAGGGCGACACGAACUUCGAGGGCCUCAUCGAUAAACUGCGCAACCUCAUGCCUCACAUCAAGGUGCCCGUCAUUGUGAAGGGUGUCGGCCACGGCAUUGACUACGAAGCGAUGGUGGCGAUCAAGGCGUGCGGUGUGAAGUACGUCGACGUCUCCGGCUGCGGCGGCACCUCGUGGGCGUGGAUCGAAGGACGCCGUCAGUCCUAUGAAGUAGAGGCGGAGAACAUCGGCUACAUCUUCCGCGACAUCGGCGUGCCAACGGACGUGUGCCUGCAAGAGGGAGCCCGGCUUGCCGUCCACGACGACUUCCAUUUAAUUGCCGGCGGCGGCAUCCGCAGCGGCAUGGACGUCGCUAAGACGCUCAUGAUGGGUGCCGAGUACGCCACGGCAGCCAUGCCCUUUCUCGCGGCAGCCCUCGAGAGCCCCGAGGCGGUGAGUAAAGUGAUCCAGCGUAUGCGUCGCGAAUUCCUGGUGUCUAUGUUUACGUGCGGCGCCCGCAACGUGUCGGAGCUGCGUCGCAUGAAGGUGAUUGAGCUGGGCCAUCUGUAG